CUGCGCAGGCGCAGACUGCCGCGUGGCCGGCCCCUUCCCGCGCAGAGACGGAGCACCUGUUACCUCAGGGUGGCCGCCAGCGCCGUCCUUGUCCACGCUGGGCGCCGUCUGUCCCCCGCGCCCCCCUCGAUCUGUCUAUUUAUAGCGCUUUCCGCACUGGCUCAUUUCGGGCAAUGUGGUCAGCCAGGCCCGGCGGCGGUGGUGCCCUCGACCCCGCGGCGUGCCCAGUCACUGCGCCAUCGCGGCGGAACGAGCGGGGCCGGGCGGCGGCAGCAAGUAAGUGAGGGCCUAGAGAGGGGACGCGGCCGGCGAGGGUCCGCUGCCUCCCUGUGGCGGGAUUCAUUCGCGUGCUCUCCGUGAUGAUGCCCUUCCCUAAAUGACCCGUCCCGUCCCAGCUAGACUCUAAACGCCAUCGAGGACUGUUUCAUGGCAUCUCUGUUGAUUUGUGAGUAAUCAGAAAUGCAAAUAGCCCCUCAGGAAUCAAGCUAAAAUCAAAGAAACCUUACUUACAAAUUUCAAGGAGUAUAUCAUGGAGUGCCAGACUGAGGGAAAACACCAGCAUUGCUUGAAUUUACUAGAUAAAAUUAAGACUAUGAAAGAAUUAGAAGAAAUGAUUGAUGUAGUGCUCAUAGCAGAAGAGGAGAAAUUCCCUUGCCACAGACUAGUUCUCGCUGCAUUUAGUCCUUAUUUCAAGGCUAUGUUCACCUGUGGACUACUCGAGUGCACUCAGAGGGAGGUCAUACUCCAUGACAUCACAGCAGAAAGUGUUUCAGUGAUACUAAACUACAUGUACAGUGCAGUCCUGGAGAUCAAUAAUGCCAACGUACAGACUGUAGCAAUGGCUGCCUAUUUUAUGCAGAUGGAAGAAGUCUUUAGUGUGUGCCAAAAAUACAUGAUGGACCACAUGGAUGCCUCCAACUGCAUAGGAAUCUAUUAUUUUGCAAAACAAAUCGGAGCGGAAGAUUUAUGUGAUCAGUCAAAGAAGUAUUUAUAUCAGCACUUUGCUGAGGUAAGCCUACAUGGAGAAAUACUAGACAUCGAAGCUCACCAGCUUCUGGCACUCAUUAAGUCUGAUGAUCUGAAUAUAUCCAGAGAAGAGAGCAUUCUGGACUUGGUUCUGAGAUGGGUAAAUCAUAACCAAGCCUUGCGCACAGAGCAUCUCGUUGAGCUUUUGAAGCAAGUCAGACUGGAACUUAUAAAUGCUUCCUUUCUAAGACAGGCCCUAAGAAGGAACACGAUGCUCCUUUGUGAUGGUAGUUGCAUUGACAUAAUCCAGAAUGCAUUCAAAGCCAUCAAGACACCCCAGCAGCACUCCCCUAAUCUUCGCUAUGGCAUGGAGACCACCAGCCUGCUGCUCUGCAUUGGGAACAAUUCUUCUGGGAUCAGAUCACGGCACAGGAACUAUGGGGAUGCCAGUUUUUGUUAUGACCCUGUGUCACGGAAGACCUAUUUUAUUUCAUCACCCAAGUAUGGGGAGGGUUUGGGAACAGUGUGCACUGGGGUAGUCAUGGAAAACAAUACUAUAAUUGUGGCUGGAGAAGCAACUGCCUCUCGACUCUCUAGACAAAAGAGCAAGAAUAUUGAAAUUUAUAGGUAUCAUGAUAGAGGAAACCAGUUUUGGGAAAAGUUAUGCACAGCUGAAUUUCGAGAGCUCUAUGCUCUGGGCAGCAUCAAUAAUGACCUCUACGUCAUAGGAGGACAGAUGAAAAUUAAAAACCAGUACCUCAUUACAAACUGUGUUGAUAAGUACUCCAUAGACCAAGACACCUGGAAACGAGUGUGUCCCCUUCCACUGCAGUUGGCUUGUCAUGCUGUGGUAACAGUGAACAAGAAACUGUAUGUCAUCGGAGGCUGGACCCCUCAGAUGGAUCUUCCUGAUGAAGAGCCUGAUCGAUUAAGCAACAAACUGUUUCGAUAUGACCCCAGCCAAGAUCAAUGGAGAGAGCAGGCACCCAUGCGGUACUCUAAGUACCGGUUCAGUGCAGCUGUCGUCAACAGUGAGAUCUAUGUUCUGGGUGGAAUUGGCUGUGUGGGCCGCGACAAGGGACAGGUUCGGAAAUGCCUUGAUGUGGUGGAGAUCUACAACCCUGAUGGAGACUUCUGGAGGGAAGGCCCACCUAUGCCAAGUCCCCUCCUCUCACUGCGAACCAAUUCCACUAAUGCAGGUGUCGUGGAUGGCAAGCUCUAUGUCUGCGGGGGAUUUCAUGGAGCAGAUCGCCAUGAGGUUAUCUCCAAAGAAAUUUUGGAGCUAGACCCUUGGGAGAACCAUUGGAAUGUUGUCGCCAUCAACGUCCUCAUGCAUGACAGCUAUGACGUCUGCCUGGUAGCCAGGAUGAACCCCCGAGACCUCAUCCCACCACCCUCAGAUCUGAUUGAUGAAGGUGGUGACCACAGAGGGCAAAGAUGAGGGUCUCACAGCUGGAGGAGCCAUGGCCUGGCAGCCAGGCCUCCGAAUGCAAGACCCAGCAUACUGUGUGGCGCUGACAUUCUCACUGCAUGCAUAGCAGCUCCUGUGUGAAGCUGUGCUGAGCAGUAACAGGGGUGGGAGGUACAGGGUCUUCCCUUAGGGGCAUCACAGCCUGAUGAAGCAGAUAGGGCAGUGCAGGGCAGAUGGUGAGGGUUCAUGUGAGUGGGACAAGGAGAGUAUGGAGGGCAGCACCCUGCUCUGCUGGGUAUGCAAGAGCACUGCCGAGCAGACCCACAGGUGCUUCUGAUGAUGAGAUGAUGGGAAAGGCCAGUCAAAGGCCCUAAAGUAGGAAGGCUGGUGCAU